AUGACAACCUCAACCACCGACGUUUUAAUCGUUGGCGCCGGACCUACAGGUCUCGUACUUGCCCUGUGGCUAUCAAAACUCGGCGUCAAAGUUCGCAUCAUCGACAAGGCCAUCCAAGCAGCAACGUCAACUCGCGCAUUGGCAGUUCAAGCACGCACAUUAGAGCUCUACGCCCAGUUCGACCCUGAGCUCGCAAACAAAGUAAUCGAAGAUGGACAUAAAGUUGCCGGCUUCAACGGCUGGGUCAAGGGAAGCCGGUCAUUUCGCGUCCCAAUCACACGAUUUGGCGAGGGCAUGACACCCUUCCCGUUCGUCAAGAUCUACCCACAGCAUGAACACGAGCACAUGCUCACGGAGCGUUUGCGCAAAGAUUUUGGAAUAUCUGUUGAAUUACAGACCGAGCUAGUAGGAUUCAAGGAUGACUGCGACACCAAAAGAAUAGUUGCAUCGUUGAAAAAGACAACUGGUGAAGAGGAGACGGCCGUAGCCCAAUACAUCGCCGGCUGCGACGGAUCUCACUCAGUAGUACGCAAGAGCCUGGGCAUCUCAUUCCCCGGCGGCAUCUACGAUCAAAUGUUCUAUGUUGCCGAUAUUGAAGGUGAUGGACCUCCCAUGGACGGCGAGCUGCACGUAUGCCUCGACCAAGCCGACUUUCUGGCCAUAUUUCCACUCGCAGGAAAAGGUCGCGCAAGAUUGAUCGGCACAGUGAGACAAAGCAGAACUUCCUCCGUCGAACCACGGGAAUUAUCCUUCAAGGAUGUGAGGGGCCUUGCAAUCGAGCACAUGAAGCUUCAGGUAGCAAAGGUGAACUGGUUCUCUACAUACCGCGUUCAUCACCGAGUGGCGGAUCACUUUCGGAAGGGCCGAGCAUUUAUACUAGGAGACGCGGCUCACGUUCAUAGCCCUGCUGGUGGGCAAGGAAUGAACACUGGGAUUGGAGAUGCCAUCAACCUGGCGUGGAAGAUUGCCGCCGUGUUGGCGGGUGAUGCCCAGGACAACUUGCUGGACACAUUCGAAGAAGAGAGGGCGCACUUUGCAAAGCAAUUGGUCGCUACAACCGAUCGCGCCUUUACCUUGGCUACAGCAGAAGGGUGGUUUGCUACGAUGAUUCGCACCAGAAUCGUACCCUUUAUCGCUCCUUUUCUGUUGUCCUUCCGGGCCAUGCGGAGGUUCGUGUUCAGGACAGUCUCGCAGAUCUCUUUACAUUACACAGGGAUGACUCUUUCUUCGGGACGAGUUGGAACGGUAAAAGGAGGGCAGAGGCUCCCGUGGGUUGAAGUAGAUGGGGCCAGUAACUUUGAGUCACUGUCGUCGAUGCGAUGGCAGAUACACGUUUAUGGCAAUGUGACGGAGGUGCUGGUCGCCUGGUGUAAGAAGCAUGAUAUUCCGCUCACAGAGUUUGAGUGGAAGUCUGAUUGUGCCUCGGUCGGACUGACCCAAGAUGCAGUCUAUGUUCUGCGUCCAGAUGGACAUGUAGCCUUGGUUCAGAAGAGUGUGGACGUUGAUGCGAUUGAGCGGUAUUUCGCCGACCGCCAGAUUCGACUCGUCACCUUAUGA